GAGAAAACUGGAAUGGAGCAGAAUUUACGUUCGUUGGAGUCCCGCCUUGACAAGAUGCGUGGCGCCGUUGAUAGCCGAGGUGAGAACAACAUCAUUAUCGUCGUGAUAUUCUCACGACAGCGGAUGGCGACUGUGCUGCGCAAAUUUAUCACACCGAUUGCCAUCGUGUGGUGA